AUGGCACAAGGAACAUUCACAAAAUUGACUCCAGUUGCAGAGAUGAAGAUGAAGGGCAACUACAAAACUGCUUUGAAAUUAAAGGUUAGAGCAUCAAAUGAACACAUAUUUGAAGUGUACAAAGUAAAAAGAUCAUGGGUUGUGAAUCUAGAACAAAAAACAUGCACAUGCAACAGGUUUCAAAUAGAUGAAAUGCCAUGUGCGCAUGCCUUAGCAAUGAUGAAAGAGAUGUAUCUUGACCCACAAAAUUACUGUUCAGAUUACUACAGCACAAAGAACUGGCUGGAAACCUAUGAAGCAACUGUAUAUCCAGUAGGAAAUCAAAGCAGUUGGGACAUUGCACAAGAAGUCAAGGAUAUUGAAAUAUUGCCACCACUUGAAAGGGUGAAAGUGGGAAGACCAAAGAAGAAAAGAACAAGACCUAGUUGGGAGACACGGACACAAAUCAAAUGCACCAAAUGUGGAAGAAAAGGACACAACAGGAGGACAUGCAACAACCCAAGUAUAAACUGA